ACAUAUAUUUUGGAAAUUCAGCUGAUGAGCUGAGAAAUUUUUAUUUGAUUUACUAAUCUUUUGAUUAUUAUUGAUUUAUUGAUAAGAAAUUGAUAAAAGGAUCAUCUAAUAUAAUUUGAUUGAGUUUAUCAUCAAUUUUUCUUAGCUCUCAUAAUACUUAGACGCUUAUUUUUAAAGAUGUCUAAAAGACAAAUUUUGUUGCUUUCUUCCUCCAAAGUUCAUGGAUACGAAUUUCUGGAAUAUGCUUCUCAGGAUAUAAACGAUUUACUUUCCAGGAACAAUGUUUCUUCAGUGCUGUUUGUUCCAUACGCUCUAAGUAAUCAUGAUGAAUAUGUAAAACGCGUAGAAAAACCGUUUAAACAGUGGGGAUAUAAGGUUGUUGGAAUCCACACUCAGGAACAUCCAGUUCAGGCAGUAAACCAAGCAAAAGCUAUUUUUGUUGGAGGUGGCAAUACAUUUCGCUUACUCAAAAAGUUGUACGAUUUGGAUUUAGUUAAGGCAAUUAGAAAACGAGUUUUGGAAGAUGGAAUUCCUUAUAUUGGUGCUAGCGCAGGAACUAAUGUAGCAACCAGAAGUAUUAAUACAACUAACGACAUGCCCAUAGUAUACCCACCCAGUUUUGAUGCUCUUAAAUUAGUGCCUUUCAACAUAAAUCCUCAUUAUUUGGACUUAGACCCUGAUUCAAAACAUAAAGGUGAAACAAGGGAAGAAAGAAUUUUACAGUAUCAAGAAGAGGAAGAUGCUUUCACGGUAUUAGGUUUGAGAGAAGGCUCAACACUGUAUGUUGAAGGAAAUAGUGCAAUUUUAAAAGGAAUCCACAGAGCCAGACUUUUCGAAAAAAAUAAAGAUCCAGUUGAAAUUGAUGUAGGAUCGGACCUUAGUUAUCUCUUAAAAGAAUAAAUAAAUCUUAUUAUUGUCCUCAAGUUUUUAUAAUCAUUUCCAAAUAUAUUAAUGAAAAUAAUUGUAACUACCAUAAUUAAAUAAAACUAAAUUUAUAAACUA